AUGGACCAUAAGCCUCCAAUCUCUGCGUCACAUCGACCAUCUCUCACUGAGCACAAUGAAGAGCCCUCCUCCGGAUCCUUCGGUGGUAAUCCUCUUAAAGACACAUGGGACCACAUGGUACGGCCGCCCUCCUCCUCUGGGGCAGCUGCAGGAGGCCCGGGCCUGAAUGGGCACAGUGCUGGGGCUGGGCCCGGGCUCCCCACAGGCCCGGGCUCCCCACAGGCCCGGGCUCCCCACAGGCCCGGGCUCCCCACAGGCCCGGGCUCCCCACAGGCCCGGGCUCCCCACAGGCCCGGGCUCCCCACAGGCCCGGGCUCCCCACAGGCCCGGGCUCGUGGGCCUCCGCAGUCCUGCACCGCGCAGCCUCAGUCCUUGUUCUACGGAGCGUCUCCCUCCUCACUGCUCCUGGGUCUGGAUCCUGCUCUGGGGGGAAAGUCCACGGAUGCAGGAACAAGUGGAUUUGACUUUGGCGCCGGCUGA